AUAUUUCCUAUUCUCUGAUUGCAGCUUUACAAUGCGUAUAUGGAAGCGCAGGAUCAACUGCUAAUAGAAAGACAAGAAAAUAAAAGGAUCACAAAGUACUUGGAUGAGAUCGUAAAAGAGGUGGAGUCCAAGGCGCCCAUUCUGAAACGCCAGCGAGAGGAUUACGAGCGCAUGCAGAAAUCUGUGGCAAGCUUGUCCUCUAAGCUGGAGCAGGCCAUGAAGGAAAUUCAACGGAUGCAAAAUGAAACGGAUCGAGCAAACAAGCUGGCGUCUGUUGCUGAAAGAGAGAAUCAAAGGCUGGAGCGGCAAGUGAAAGAUCUUUCCCAGCAGGUCCGGGUGCUAUUAAUGGAGCUGGAGGAGUCGCGAGGAAACCACGUUCAAAGGGAGGAGGAUGUGAGCUCCGCGAAUAUCAGCAGCUCUUCUGAAGUCAUAACUCAGCACUUAGUCACUUACAGAAACAUCGAAGAAUUGCAGGAACAAAACCAGCGACUCCUCAUCACCCUGAGAGAACUCGGGGAGAAGAAAGAGAAGGAAGAGGAGGAGCUGGCGUCCUCACAACUUUGCGAGUUGAGAAGGGAUCUGGAAAGCACUCACGGUGAAUUGGAGCAGCUUCGGGAAAAUCGUCAACAUCAAAUGCAGGUGUUGGACUCCACAGUACGACAGCGUGACAUGUAUCGCAUUCUGCUGGCGCAGACAACCGGCGUCACGUUUCCCUCAGCAGAUGAUACAUCAAUGACCUCAACUCCCAGGAAGUCUCCGGGAUCUUCUCAGCCCCCAUCGACCCCGACGCCGGCAGUACUGCUUCCAGAAUCCUCCACAGAGGCUGCUGAGGCCAAGGCUGCCCUUAGACAGCUUCAAGAUGUUUUUGAAAAUUACAGAAAAGAAAAGGCAGAAAAUGAUAAAAUGCUGAACGAGCAAAACGAGAAACUGCAGGAACAAGUCACUGAGCUGCGUUCUCAGAACGCCAGAAUCUCCACUCAGCUGGAAUUCGCCUCAAAACGGUAUGAAAUGUUGCAGGACAAUGUGGAAAGCUACCGCCGAGAAAUCACAUCUUUACAAGAGAAAUCCCAAAAAUUGUCAGCGACAACCCAAAAACAGGAGCAGAUCAUAAACACCAUAACACAGGAUCUGAGGGCAGCCAAUGAGAAGCUGGCACUUGCUGAAGUCAAAGCAGAAAAUCUGAAGCGUGAGAAGGAAUUAUUGAAAAUGACUGAAACUCGUCUAAGUCAGGAGAGAGAGUCCUUACUGGCUGAGCAAAGGGGCCAGAACCUACUGCUUACCAACCUACAGACCAUCCAGGUUACUUUGGAAAGGUCCGAGACAGAAAUUCGGCAACGAUACAACAACCAGAUCGAGAGACUGGAACAAGAGCUGACGCAUGUGAAGAAGAAGUUGGAGCACGAAAUAGAACAGAAACACCUGCUGGGCAAGAACCAGGAUGUUCAGAUCCUGGAUAUGAAGAGACAAUACGAUUCCGAGUUAAAUCUUCAUAACAGCACCAAGGAGCUCCUGAAGAAUUCAAACAAAGAUAUCGCCACCUUGAGGCAACAGCUCGCCAAUUUCGAAGCUCAGCUGGCAUCGCGCUCCAGUCAGCCAUCUGUAGAAGACAAAGAGGCAAAUGCUGAAGAUUUGGAGGAAAUAAAGAAUAAGCUGAAGCAGGCUACAGAGCAAAUCAGUGACCUGAAGGAGAGGCUGAAGACUUCCACCAGCAACGUGGAGCAGUACAGGGAGGUGGUCCUCGGCCUGGAAGAGUCUUUGAACAAGGAGAAGCAGGUGACUGAUGAGACACGUACAACCAUAGAAGCGCGCUUGAAAGAAGCCACAGAGUACCAGUCACAGCUUGAGAAGAAGCUGAUGGAACUAGAGAAAGAAAAGCAAGAACUUCGAGAUGAGAAACAUAAAUCUGUGGAGACCUUGGAGCAGCAGUUAUCGCAGCUGAAACAGAGUCUCUCCAGUUUGCAAGCGGAAGUCCAGUCUGCUCUUCAGAGGGCGGCAACUGCUGCAAAUAACGAACAGAAAGCCAAACAGGACUGUCAGGAGCAAGCAAAGAUCGCUUCAGAAUCGCAGAACAAGUAUGAGCGGGAAUUAAUGCUUCAUGCCGCUGACGUUGAAGCUCUUCAGGCUGCCAAGCAACAGUUAAGCGGCACCGCCGCCACCCGUCAGAAAUCAGAAGAGGCGGCCCAGAAAGCCCAGUCCCAGCUGCGGGAGUGCAAAGCUUCCUGGGAGGAAAGAGAGCGAAUACUGAAGGAUGAGACCUCCAAGAAUCGCUCCCGCUGUGAGGACCUGGAGAAGCAGAACAGACUGUUACAUGACCAGAUUGAGGCUCUCAGCAGGAAGAUGAUGGCCUCUGUUCAGGAAGGAGCUCUCAAUGUGUCUCUGAGUGAGGAAGGGAAGUCUGAAGAACAAGUCAUGGAGAUUCUCAGAUUUGUAAGACGUGAGAAGGAAAUCGCGGAAGCGAGGUUUGAUGUUGCGCAGGUUGAAAGUCUUCGCUAUCGCCAGCGUCUAGAGCAUAUGGAGAAGGAGAUGAAUGAGCUGCAGGACAGCCUGAAUGCCGAGCGGGAAAAGGUUCAGGUGACAGUGAAGACCAUGGCCCAGCAUGAAGAGCUGAUGAAGAAAACGGAGACCAUGAACGUUCUGAUCGGAACCAACAAAAUGUUGAGGGAAGAAAAGGAAAAACUGGAACAAAAUCUUCAGCAGCUACAAGCCAAGAUCAGAAAGUUGGAAUCCAAUAUAUUGCCGUUGCAAGAGUCCAACUCUGAGCUGAGUGAGAAGAGCGGGAUGCUGCAAGCGGAGAAGAAGUUGCUGGAGGAAGAUGUGAAGCGUUGGAAGGCCAGAACACAGCACUUAUUAAACCAGCAGAAAGAUUCGGAUGCCGAGGAGUGCAAGAAGUUGCUUUCUGAACGAGACGUCAAUGUGAAGAGAAUUCAGCAGCUCACCGAGGAAGUCGGGAAAUUGAAAACGGACACGGCGAGGUUGAAUGCGUCUCUAAAUACGAGUCAGAGUCAGUGUCAGAGCGCCAGAGAAGAACUCGCCAAAGUGAAAGCCGAGAGAGAAAAUCUCCAGAAAGAUCUGGAUGUGAAAGUCACCGAUAUCCAAGAAAAGAUAAAAACCAUCACACAGGUGAAAAAGAUUGGAAGGAGAUACAAGACCCAGUAUGAGGAGCUCAAAGUCCAGCAUGAUAAGUUGGUUGCGGAGACGUCCGUGGCUCAGGCAGCGCAGUCGGAGGAGCAGGCUUCCCAGAAGGAGAUUCUGGAGUUGAAGGAUUCUCGGGCGAAGGCUGAAGCAAAGAUCUCAACACUGGAGAGCCAGAUGGAGACCCUGCAGAAGACUGUCGAUGAUAAAGAAAAAGAAGUGAAAACUCUGCAGGAUCAGAUCACCCAACUUCAGUCUGAGGUGUCCAAAGCUCAUAAGGACAUGCAGGAGAAAACCGCACAGGAAGAGCAACUGCGCCAACAAAUCACUGAGAAGGAGGAGAAAACGAAGAAGACGCUCUUAGCAGCUAAGCAGAGACUCUCACACCUUAAUAAUCUGAAGGAACAACUUACUAAUGAAAAUGAAGAUUUGAAAAAGAAAAUUACGGAUCUCAACCAGCAGAGGGAGGAGCUGGACGUUCGCAUGAGCGCUUUGAAAUCGCAGUACGAAGGACGCAUUUGUCGCCUGGAGCGUGAGAUGCGCGAGCAACAAGAGCGCCAUCAGGAGCAAAGAGACGAGAGUCAGGAACAAUCUAAAGUCCAGGAACAGCGGCAGAUUAAUGUAAAGUCAUCGGCGGCUCCCGGGGAAAGAGGAAUUGCAAGUACAUCAGAUCCGCCCACUGCGAACAUUAAGCCCACGCCAGUGGUUGCGACCCCCAGCAAAGUGCCUGCAACGUCCAGACCGCCGAGGGCCAGCAUUCGCCCCAUGGUGACUCCUGCCGUCACCUCUACUCCGACUACCACCCCAACCGCUACCGUCAUGCCAACAACGCAGGCCGAAACGCAAGAAGCAAUGCAGUCGGAAGGUAUGUUGGAGCACGUCCCAGUGUUUGGAAGUACCAGCGGAUCCGUUCGUUCCACCAGCCCGAAUGUCCAGUCAUCUCUGGCACAACCUGUGCCAGCUGUUCAGCAACAGACGGCGUUUGUCCAGCCUACUCAGCAGUCUCAUGCAACCAUAGAGCCCUGCAGUCAGGAGAUCGCUGUGGUGGAAGUGGUGCAGAGCUCCCCUGUAGAAAGGCCAAGCACCUCUUCUUCAUUAUUUGCCCCAUUUUCAGCGACCCCGACUUCUUCUUCAAUCCCGAAACGUCCACGCGAGGAGGAAGAGGGUUCUGUGGAAAUGACGGAACAUACAGGGGAGGAGUCGGAUGUACCCGCCAGUAAAAAACAGAGGGGUGUGCAAAGAGUGGAGCCCGUGGAGGAAGUAUUACAGGAAGAAAUCACUGAACCCGAGUCUCACACCUACGACCAGGAAUCUCAAGAUGCUCUUUCACAGUUUGGAACUUUGGACUUUCAACAAAUGCCCGACACUGAAGAGACCUCCCAGUCCCUCGGGGAGAUCGCCGCUCAGUCUUCGGAUCCGUCCCAAAGCGCGCAAUCCACCCAGACCAAGAACGAGAAUGUGAUCGUUAUAGACAGCGAUGAGGAAGAGGAGGAGGAGAAUGAAGGCGAUCAGGAGGACAUGCAGGGCUACGGGGAGGAUGAAGAUGAUGAGGAUGAUGCUGGAAUGGGCGAUGGAGACGAGAGCAACGGUGAAGGCGGCAGCGCUGAUGGCAACGAAGCCUAUGAAGGAGAAGACGCUGCUUGUGCGGACGGCACGGAUCCUGGAACAGAGACGGAAGAAAGCCUGGGCACCGGAGACGGCGGGCAGCGACCUGCGGACUCACAAAACACUGAAGCGAGUUUGGGAUCUGCAGAGUCUGCACAAGAAGCGCGGGAACAGCCGUCCUCGGCCUCCGAUAGACCAACUCCUCGGCCUCCGCAGUCUCCUCGCAGACAACCCCACCCUCUGCCUCUUUGCUUGACGAUUCCAGCGCCACCCCCAGAGCUUGGCCCACCUCCUCAGAGAAUUCAGAUGGCCCGCAGACAGUCCGUAGGACGCGGAUUGCAGCUCACACCCGGCCUAGGAGGCAUGCAACACUUUUUUGAUGAUGAAGACCGCACAGUGCCGAGCACACCGACCCUCGUUGUCCCCCACAGAACAGACGGCUUCGCAGAAGCAAUUCACUCUCCGCAGGUUGCCGGCGUCCCUCGCUUUCGGUUCGGUCCACCAGAAGACAUGCCUCAGGCCAGCUCCAGCCACUCCGACCUCGGCCAGCUGGCUUCCCAGGGAGGUGAGACAUGGAGCAGUUUCUCUUACGAUCGAUCGACCAUCAGUAGUGGCUUAGGAAUGUACGAGACGCCUCUGUUCCUCGCUCACGAAGAAGAGUCCGGAGGUCGCAGCGUUCCGACCACACCACUACAGGUUGCAGCACCAGUUUCUGUCUUUACUGAGAGCCCGGCCGCUGACACGUCUGACCACGCCUCCCAGUCUGUCCCGAUGGUCACGACCUCCACCGGUAACGUCUCGGCGUCUGUAGAGUCCGGAGCAGCGGAUGAAGGAGACGAGGUUUUUGCGGAGGCCGAAUCUGAAGGAGUCGGCUCAGAAGCCACAAUGGAAGAAACGAGGCAAGAGCAGGAAAGUGCCCAACCUUCCGAAUCCGAUCUUCCCUCCACGAGCCAAGACCCCCCGACCUCCUCCUCUUCUGCAGACACGAGCACCAGUCAGCCGAAGCAGAGCAUGAGAAGAGUGAGACUCCAUCCGCAGACCGGGCGCCCCGCCGUACGAGGGCGCCAAAUCACCCGACAGGGAGGAGUUCCCUUCGGAGGCGGUCGCGGUGGAAUAAAAAGAAGCCACUUUUGAGCGCUCGGGAUCGAUCGAUCGAUUCCUUUACUUGUGAAUAUGUGAAGCCGGACUUUCUGAUUUUAAGCAAUGUUUGCAUUUCAAUAUUUUUUUUUUUGUAAAAGUGAAAUUAAAGAUUUAUUAUCAAAACCGCAAAA